AUGUCUGAUUCUGAGGCUGAGAUUGCCUCAAUGCUCGACCCCACCGAUGUUCGAGAUCCAGAUGAGAACAGUCAGGACAUGCCCGCCGCAGGCUCUUCAACUCAAAUUCCUAGGAACUGCAAUAACAAUGGCGAGCCAGUAACAUUCCCACGCAAAAUAUUAAGUCUCAACAUUCAACCAGCCUCAUCCAUGUCUGCUGCAUCGCACCCUAAAGAUGAUGACGAUGAUGAUCUUUAUAUGCAUAAACAGCUGCAGCAAUCUGAGGCUGCUAAGUGCAGUCACCGCUACAAAUUGGCAGUGGAAGUUUCCAAAAAUGUCUAUCAUGAGUUCUGGGAUGAGCAUGUCAGAUUGGCGCAGGAGGAAAUUGACUCUCUGAAGACUUCCAGGGUGCCUUUAGUACCUGAGGAGUCCCCUUGCAUCACUUAUGAUAUUAAUUUUGAGGAGAUGAAUCGUAUUAUCAUAGAAAACUCUUUUGAUGAGCGCGAAGAACUAUCCUACCGUUGUGGCUCCCCUGCAUCGUGGGAUAUGGAAGAACCAGAAUUCUCAAAUAUCAAACCACAUACCGACGCACGCCAAAAAUCAAAAUCCUUUAAGAGCAAAAUUCUGCAGGAUGCGCAGGCCGGCUUAAAACUAUCCCAGCCAGAGAUAGCUCAGGAAAGUUCGGUCUAG